CAGAGGCUUGUCUGGGGUGUGGACUUAAAAAGAGGGCAGGGUAAAAGUGGGCGGACGGGUAGUUCCUUAGUGUUUGUGCAUUUAGACUCCUGAGUCUGAAAUUAGUGUCCUAGAAAGUCGAAGGAAUUAGACUCGGAGAGACACACUGCCAUCAAACACACAGUCAUCAUGCUGAUUCUCCUCGCUGCCAUCUUUGGCCUUCACAUCAUCGGCAUCAUCCUCCUCCUGGUGGCCACCAUCGACAAUGCCUGGUGGAUGACCGAUACCGUUAACACUGAUAUCUGGGCUCGGUGGAUACAGAUGAAGGGACAGUGGAACUACACCGACCUACCUAGUGACUACCCAACAGAUUACCUCCAGGCAGUGCAGGCCAGCUCUGUCCUCGCUUGUAUAUUCUCCAUCCUGGGAAUCUUCGUGUUCGUGGCUCAGCUCUUCACCCUCGCCAAAGGAGAGAGGUUCACCAUCUCUGGCAUCUUCCAGUUCCUCGCCUGCCUGUGCAUCAUGAUCGCAGCCUCCAUCUACACAGACCAAUUCCCGUCCUUCCACGAGAAAAAUAAGUUAGCGGGCUGGUACGGUCACUCGUUCAUCCUGGCGUGGAUCUCCUUCGGCCUCACGUUCAUCUCCUCUAUCACUUACUUUGUGCUACGCAAGAAAACGGCGUGAGAAGGACACUGGAGCUAGCUCCAACCAGCCCAAGAAUCUUUGGCUGGAUCUACUCUUUCAGCUGAAAUCUGUUUUUGUUUUUUUGAUGGAUCGGUUUAGAUUUGCCUCAGAUUUGAGCUGCUUGUGUAUAUUCAGCUAGACCUGUUGAUCCUCUCAAAUACACACUGGUGUUUGAUUGAGUCUGCUGUCAGUGUUUUGGAUGUGUCCGCAGUAGAAGGCGAGCUCAAUCAAUCACCGAUUUGUAUUUGAGUUUGGGCUGGAUUUCUUGAGAGCAUCUAGAAGAUUAUGAAUAUUUUUUUCGUCAACCACAACAAAAUCUGCCUUAAUGCGCACGAGAUGCUAUGAUAAAUUAAAGAUCUAUCUAUCGAUGUUUCCGGGCCAACAAAAGCAGAGUUGAAGAGUAAAAUCUGUGGUCUUAUUUUUUUUAAAUGUACAUUCAGAUAUGGAUAUGAGUGUUGGGGCGAGUUUAUCAUCAUAGUUUAUUGUUUUUUUGUUGUUAUUUUAUUGUUAGUUUGCCAAUUUCUGUUGCAUAUACCUGCUCUGGUUUUCAUUUUUAUAUAAUUUGCCACUAAUUAAACGAGAGUGUAACUAUGACACAAUGUCAGUGAUUAUCAAAUGUUGUAAAUGUGUGUGUGUGUGUUCUGCUAAUGAUAAGACUAUGCAACGACAUAAAGUGUAAAAUCAAUAAUAUAAUGCAGUUGAGUUUUUUUUUGUAAUUAUUCUAAUUAGGCAAGACAACAAACUGGAUUAAACAUUAAAUUACACACACACACACACAAACUCUUUUCUAAUUUAAAAUAAGUAAUCAGCUCCAAAGUAAAGACAUCUUCUGUUGCACUCAUCUAAAACUUACAUAAAUCAGCUAAUCAAAUAUAAUAUAAUAUAAAUCUAACCAUGUUUCCUCUCGGUGUGACUCUUAAAACAUAAACAGAGAUAUAAUGUGUAAAUACGUUUUGUUUCCCAUAAUGCGUGUCCAUGUCUAAUGCUGUUUUAUUUUUGCUACCAUUAUUUCACAUUAUGGACGAUUUUUACAAUAUUAAAACUUGAUUUUCAGCCAA